AUGGAGCUGUCUGUUCCUCAAGGACUGCACUACCUGGAACCCACACUGGAGCAGUUCACUAAGAACUGCAGCCAUGGGAAAGACUUGAAUUCGAGAAGGCCUCCUGACCCCAGCAGCACAAGCCAGACGAACACAAAUUUCCACUUAAAAGAGAAACACGCACGGGGAAGCGGAGGUGUCACGCAGGGCCCCGCAAACCUCCCCAGGGCAUCUGACUGGAAACUGGACCAUCCAGACUGGACAGGGCGGCUUCGUGUCACCUCCAAAGGCAAAACUGCAUACAUCAAACUGGAGGAUAAGGUUUCAGGAGAACUCUUUGCCCAGGCUCCGAUAGAUCAAUACCCUGGCAUUGCAGUAGAGACUGUGGCAGAUUCCAGCCGCUAUUUUGUCAUUCGAAUUCAGGAUGGGACUGGACGAAGUGCUUUUAUAGGCAUUGGCUUCACGGAUCGUGGUGAUGCCUUUGACUUCAACGUCUCUUUGCAGGAUCACUUCAAGUGGGUGAAGCAGGAGACUGAGAUCUCCAAGGAGUCACAGGAAGCUGACACACGUCCCAAAUUAGACUUAGGGUUUAAAGAAGGACAGACCAUCAAACUGAACAUUGGGAAUAUGACAACAAAGAAAGGAGGAGCAGCCAAGCCCCGUGCAUCUGGAUCAGGGGGCCUAAGCCUGCUGCCACCCCCACCAGGAGGCAAAAUUGCAGUCCCUCCUAUACCUCCCCCUUCUUCCACUCCCAUUGCCAACCACGUCACACCACCACCUGUGCUGAAAUCCAGUAACAUGAGCAAUGCAGACAUUCUGUUAGACUUAGAUGCUCCUGCUUCUGUGUCCAAGGCACCACCACCAGCUACCACAGACCUCUGGGGAGAUUUCAGCACUGCAUCCAGUGCUAUUCCCAAUCAGGCUCCUCAGCAGUCCAACUGGGUCCAGUUCUGA